AUGGAAUCACCGUCACCGAGCCGCGUUCGCGCCGUCGAGCGUCCGUCGACGUCGACGCGCACGGACGAUGACGAUUCAGAGGAUGACGACUACGUCCCCGCAGUUGGAACUUUAGACUCAGACCUGGACGAUUUCGAGAGCGAUGACGACGUCGAGGACGAGGAGGAGGAGGACGACGGUCAUCGCGCCGCGAUGGAGUCGCCCGAUCGAGAAAAUCUGAGCGAUAGCGAGUGGGAGAGCGAUGUGUCGCUGGAGGAUGAAGAUUUCGGAGCGCUCGCGGCGGCGGCGGUGGCGGAGACGCCGCCGAGGUCGCGUCGGGGACGAAACGACGGGGCGUUCGGGAGCGGAACGGUGAUGCCGUCGAUGGGGGUGAUGGAUGAUCCGUUCGGAGGGACGCCGACGCGGCGGGGGCGUGGAUUGGGAUCGGCAGUCGCGGCGGCGUUGUCGGCGGACGAUUCGCGUCAGGGGCGGAGCUCUCCGGCGACGCGAGCGGCGGGCGCGGCGGUGGAUAUGAUUCUGGAGGGUGGAUUUUUAGACGAUGAAAACGAUGAGGAGAUGUUGAUGAAUGCGAUCGCCAGGCGCACGCGAGCGAGGACGGGGGCGAUCGAUGACAGCGAGUUGGCUGCGUUGGAGCUCGCGCUUCCGGAAAUCGAGCCCGAGUUCGAUUGGCUCGAUGAGGUAGCCGAGUACGAUCGAUUCUUAUCUACGCUUAACGACGCCAGUGCGGGUGUGCGGGACUUGGAUAGAGGAGGGGCAGAGAUGAGCGUGGGCGAUGGAGUCGUGGACGAUGACGACGAAGACGAUGACGAUUACGCAGAUGAAAAUCCUCGCGCGGCAGAGUACGAGUAUCGAAUUCGUACGGAGAGACGUGCGGCGGCGAAACAAGGUGGAACGAGCGCGCCGGCAUCGGUGCUAAGAAGGUCACAGAGAGUCGCGACCGGGCCCUCGAUGGCGAACAUGCGAGUGAUGAAGCGCAAGAGGGAGGCUUCAAUACAGUUGAACAAGGAACGUUCUGUGCGCUUUGCGCUCGCGGCGAGCUCGUUCUCACCCGAUCAAGUCA